CUUGAGUUAUUGGGAGCAACUAGUUCUUGACAUGACAUCAUUAUUACCAUCAAAUUGGGGAGGGUAUUAGAGUAUGAGUAUUAUGUCAAAUUACGAGUACCAGUAUUAUGUAAUUUAUCAAGUUUUCUAUUCCAUAUUAGUGUUAGAAUUACUAUAGGAGUUUGUCCUUGUACUCUAUAUAAACCCUAAAUAGUAUCAAUAAUAAGAUAGAACAGUUCUACCGUACUCUGAGAUAUCAAAAUGGUAUCAGAGUCUUCUUUGACUCGUUCGAAUCCUGAUGACCCCCAUUUAUUCUAUUAAGCGCAUGGUGUCCGAACCUGUGCAAACUCCAAGCACAUAUUUUUUGACCGAAAGGUCUUUUGUUUGAAUCCCGAUGACCCCAUCUAUUCUGUUAAGCAUAUUGUUUCCAGACCUGUACAAACUUCAAGCCCAUACAUGGCGGCUUUCGUUUGAGGGAGGGUGUGUGUUAAGAUAUGAUAUAUGAUCCAUAAUUGAACAUUUCCCAACAACUCGAGUUAUUGGGACCAACUGGUUAUUGACAGUUUUUAAACGGCUACUGAGUCGCUAAAAAAAUAUGGUUGGUGAGAGUCAUUUGUUUGCCCGGUUCUUGUCCAAUCCAAUCCGACCGAACUGGUCAAACUUUGGUUUGACAACCUUGGUUUUAAUAUACUCACACCAUCCAAUCAUAUCAUAACUACCACAAUUAAUGAAUUUGCUAGGAAGGGCUUCUCCGUAGAAUUCGAAAGGAACUUGUAAAUUGUACUAGAUAAUCCCUUCUCACUUGCGCUUCGCGGUAGUGAAAGAUAACACAGUAAAUGCGUUGUCAUGAAAAGAAUUGUUAAAUGUAACUCAUGCAAUUUUAACGACAAGAAAAAUCACUAAGAUAGAGUGGUAGGGUAGCGCUAGAAGAAGUGGUAGCGCUAUCACUCGACGAAAAUCACUAUUGAUAGACUGGUGAAGUGGUAUAUUUGGAGUGAUACAUUUUUUUAACGGAGUGUUACAAUUUUUCAGGUGGUUGGAGGGAGUCUAACGGAAAGAUUUUACCGAAAAAAGUCAGUUGGUCGGAGUGAAGUGCUUGCUGGAAAAAGAAGGUAGAGAGAAAUAUAUUUAUUGUAGGAUUUAAAUUUCAAAGAAAGCAAUGUAUUUAUUAUGGAUUUUAAUUCGCAAAGUGUAAUUAAUAAGAUUUUUUUUUGGACUAUCCAAACUGUCCUUGGUUUUGACCGAAUCCGGUCCCCAUAUCUAGCAUUCAAUUUUUUAAGAUAUUAUAUAAAAAAAAUUAAAGAUAUAUAUCACAAUUAAAAAGCAAUAAUAUAUGUCAACCCCAUAAAUACUAUUCCGAAAAAUAAAAUCUCAUGUAAUAAAUGUUGUUAAAUGCAUAGUGUGAAGAGGAAUCUCAUGUAAUAAAUGUUGUUGAAUGUAUAUAGUAUCAAGAGGAAUGAGACCAAUUUAGAAUUUGCUCCAACUAAAUCCUUAUAAAUAGAUUUCCCAUUUCUCUUCACGUUGUACAUUCAACAACAUUGUGACUAGGGGUACUUAAGUUAAUUAUUAGCACAAUUACUUAUUCUCCCCACAAAAAAAAAAAGGUUCCAAUUAAAUUAAUCCCAAAGUAUGAAGUUCUCCAACAUCUUCCUCCUAUUCUUACUCACAUUUGUUGUCAUCACUGGUAACUAUCUAAGAAUCUUCUUCUUUUUCGAUAGUACCUGUAGACCAAGCUAGCCCUUGUUUACUAUGGUAUUUUCAUCAUAUUAUUGAUAAUAAAACUUCAUCCUUGUUAUUAUAGCAAAUGAAGUGGUCAUGGCGAGGAAGACAAUCACUACUGCUGUAGCUUCUGGAAAAAACAGUACGAAAAGAGCAAUGCCAAUGGUCGAUGAUGGGUGCGACUCAUUGAUGUGCCCAGCUAGGUGCAGGCGGAUCUUUUGUUAUGGUCAAUGUGAAGGUGAUAAAUGUGUUUGUUAUUGUCCAAGUUGAUUAGCAAAAAUAAAAUUGCUAUGCUUUGUGAGAAUUAAUUAUUUAUCAUUUGUAUGAUAUGCAUAUGAUUCUAUGCUAGUCGUUAGCAAGAGAUGUUUGAAGUAAUAAAAAAAAUUACUACAGUAAUAAAAAUGUUUAGAAAGAGUUGUAUCGUGUGUAUACUGUUUUUUCUAUAUGGGGUCGUAUAAGUUAAUUUCCUUUCUGAUGGUUGGAAGUAUUAUUAUCGUAUCCAACAUUCAAUACAUUUGGGAUUAUGAGCGGUAAAUCUAUUAAUCAAUUAGCUAAUAAAUUAUAUCAGUUAAUUAAAUGGAAACAGGGCCAAUUACCAUUAACUAGACACCUAGUGAUACUACCAUGUAUGUAGAACACCAUAACUCAAUUUUUAUUAUUCAUUUGGGAAUGAUAGAUUUUACUGAAUCAGGCAGGAAGUUCAAAUAUCUUUCCAUUUCAUCCUCUCUGUAAGAAGGUUGGUCUCAAUCAUCUGUGCUUCGCAGAUGAUCUAUUCAUCUUUACUACAGGUUCUGGGCAGUCAUUGUUGAAGGUUAAGGAGUUGUUAAAUAGAUUCUAUGAGUUCUCUGGUUUGAAGUGUAAUCCAGAGAAAUGUGAGGUGUAUUUUGGUGGGGAGGCUGUGAAAUUGAAGGGGAAUGCUUUGACUGUCUCUCAAUUUAAAUAUGGAUCUUUACUUGUUAGAUACUUAGGGCUGCCUCUGCUAUUUGGAAGACUAAAAGAAGCUGAUUGUGAAGUGCUACUUGAUAAAUUGACCAAGCGUAUCCGAUCUUGGCAAGCUAAGAAGCUGACGUAUACAGGGAGGUUGCAACUUGUUUCCUCUGUUUUGAUGGGCAUGGUACAAUACUGGUUCCAACUUUUUAUGUUUUCUAAAAAGUUCAUUUGGAUAACUAAAGAAGACUUGCUAUGAUUUUCUAUGGCAUGGGGGGAUACAGGUCGAGCAAAAGUGUCAUGGGAGAGAAUUGCUUGUCCACGACAGGAGGGUGGCCUGGGUGUACGUGAUCUCAUUUCUUGGAAUAGAGCGUGCACUGCUAGGAUGCUCUGGCUCCUCAUGAUGCGCUCAAGUGCCCUUUGGGUCGGUUGGAUGUAUGCUUACAGAUGCAAAGGGGUGGAUCUUUGGAGUAUGAGAAUUGCAUCUUCUAGUUCCUGGGCUUGGAGGCGAAUUCUGAAGCUUCGCCUUGUUUUUCAGCCUUUGAUGGGUGUACCGGAUGGGGUUGGAACAUGGAAGGGUAGGAAAUGGAUAUCUUACUUUGUUCAUGAAGUUUGGAACUCAUUGAGGCAUGUGAACAGUAAGGUCAGCUGGUUCAAGUUGCUGUGGGGAAACAUCAUGUCCCAAGAUGGAGUUUUAUUGCUUGGAUAAUCACAAAGGAUGCCAUGGUUACGAAGGUUAAGUUACUAGUGGACAGAGCACAUGAUGAUGUAUGUGGGUUAUGUGGUGCUGCUAGUGAGACGAGAGAGCAUCUAUUUUUUGAUUGUGUCUUCUCAAGUUGUUUAUUGGGGAAAGUGGGACUGCGGUUUGGUUGGUAAUUCUUGGGAGACUUGGAUAUCUGAGGCAAGUGCACUAGUUGCUGGGAAUAAUGCAUGGAGUCGAAUGAUAGGCUUAAUAUGGUGCUUUUUGAUCACUUUCAUCUGGCAGGAGAGGUGUCGAAGAGGCCAUUGAGACAACCCAAGAAGUGCUGAAGUUGUGAGUGCCUUAUGGUUGAAUGAUAUUCGGUUUGCUGUAGGAGGAUGUCCAGAUUUAUUAGAUGAUUGUGUUCGACUUGGUUUUUUGUUUUUGUGAAUUGCAGGUCGAUAGAAGUGGUUUAGACAGUUUGAUUUGUGUGUAGCAGUAGAUAAUAUAGUAGGUUGGCUCUCUAGAGAGGUCCUUAUGUGAAACUCUCUGCUUCAUUAUAUCAUAAGUGAUUUUGAUCACUUGUCCGUCUUUACUUGAAAUAAAAAGAGGAAACUGAUUCAACGAAAAAAGAAAGAUAUAUUAAAGUCAAUUAUGAUAUUUCUUCUAAUAUCAAACCAUACAUUCGCCAUAUGCUAGAUUAUUUUUAUGAAAAGUUUGAGAGUAACAAUCAUAUAAAGAUGUGAAACCUGUUAAAUUAAUUCGAGUAUUUAUAUAUAAUUUUUUCAUCCAAUUUUGUACGUGCUCGUAUAAUUAUUAUGGACUCACGUCAUAAUAGUACACUCUCAAUUGAAGGUGCAUAAUCUGAUGUUCAUCAUUUUAAUCAUCAUAACAAGAUUAAAUUUUUUAAUUAUAUUUAUUUCCACUUUACAAAAAUAAUUGUUGGUUUGCAAUCCAAAUACUACAUAAAAAAAUAAGCGAAAUGUUCCUCGUAUAGAAGUGUCACCUAUCUGCAUUAGUACAAUUUUUUUCGUAAGAUACAAAACCACAUAUGAAACUACUAGCUUUGCCUAGAGCGAAUACAAUCAUACUAAUGCGAAGUUUUCCAUCUCAAAAUACAAAUCCAAACUUCUUCCUGUCACAUUUUGUCAAAACCAUAAAUAUUGCAUCUCUUUUGCCAAAUAUAAAAUUAUUUUACUUAAAAACCAAAUGUUUGUGGUAAUACAUGAUAAACAUAAUC